AAAUAGAGAGAAUGUCAUCAUACUUUUGUUUUCAGAGUAUCCGAAACUAACAGAAAUUCUUUCUACCUUGUCUCUCUCGCCUUCUCUCAAUUUCACACAACACAACAACCCAAACCCAUCGCACUUCUCAUCUCAACAACACACAGCAUACACAAAAACCAAACCCUAUAGUCUAAUUUCUCUACUUUCUCAGAUACUUCCAUAGUUCCAUUCCAUUCAUUUCGUUCCUCAUUUUCUCACUCGUCAAGCUUCGCUACUUCUUUUUCUUCUUUGCACUCGCUGAAUACGCCCUGUGGUGGUUACUAAAACGACGACGUUCCGUUACCGUCAUCAACCCCUGCCUCGUGUCGUGUCUCUAGGGUUAAUUCUCCCUUUCCUUCCUCUGCCUCUUUAACAACCCUAGUUAACGGAAGUGCUUUUUUCACACCCAUCUAUCACCACGUGCUUUUGUUCUAGGGUUUUUAUAAUUUUUUCUAUUCCUAUUUUAUAACUACUUUUCACUCAAAUAUAUUGUUGUCUUUUAGGGCUUUCCAAUUUUUUGAAUUUCAAUUUUUAGUGCUAUGAAUGAAUCGCUUAACAGUACAUUGAGCUCUACCACUGAAUUUCUGUUGUCUAAAUUCUGAUAGAGACAAGAGGCAUCUAUGAGAAUUUUAUUUUGGAGUAAUUGAAUGCCAUAGUAGAAGUGGUGGCUUUUUGGGCUUAGAGGCGGUGGAGAGGUGUGUUUGUUUUUGGUUAAUUUUGAUCAUGUUCAGUGUUAGUUAUGGAUAGAAGUGAACCUUCAUUAGUUCCAGAAUGGUUGAGAACUGCUGGAAGUGUUGCUGGUGCUGGCAAUUCAGCCCAACAUUUUGCAUCCUCAUCUAGUCACGCGGAUUCUCAUUCUCCAUCUGCAGCACUUUACAAUAGGAACAGAUUUUCUAAGAAUACUAGUGAUUUUGAUAGCUCGCGUUCUGUAUUUCUUGAUCGAACAUCCUCAUCAAAUUCUAGGAGGAGUUUGAUCAAUGUUUCUGCCAAGCACGCUUACAGUAGUUUCAACAGAAAUCAUCGUGACAAGGACCGUGAUAGAGAGAAAGAUAGAUCCAAUUUUAUAGAUCAUUUGGAUCAUGAUGGUUCUGACCCAUUGGCCAACCUCUUAUCUGGAAGGAUAGAGAGGGAUAGGGAUACAUUGCGGCGUUCUCAUUCAAUGGUUUCCAGGAAACAGGGUGAGAUUUUACCCCGUAGAGUUUCAUCUGACACUAAAUCUGGUGCUAGCAGCAAUCACAACAAUGGCAAUGGCGUAAUUUCUGGGGGUAGUGUUGGUAGUAGCAUUCAUAAAGCUGUCUUUGACAAGGACUUUCCAUCACUUGGGGGUGAAGAGAAGCAGGGAAUAGUUGAAAUAGGGAGGGUUUCAUCCCCUGGUUUGGGUGCCGGUGCUAGUCAAAGUCUACCUGUUUGUAGUUCAGCUUUGAUUGGAGGGGAGGGAUGGACUUCUGCACUUGCCGAGGUACCUUCUGUAAUUGGAAGCAGUAGUUCUGGAUCUCUAUCAUCACAGCAGACUGUUACUGUAACUUCUGGAUCUGUAUCAUCCAGUGCAACAUCUAGUCUUAAUAUGGCCGAGGCAUUGGCACAAGCUCCAUCCGGAGCCCGUUCUUCUCCCCAGGUGUCAGUAAAAACGCAACGGCUUGAGGAACUGGCUAUCAAGCAGUUAAGACAGUUGAUUCCAGUAACACCAUCUAUGCCGAAAACUUUGGUUCUUAAUUCUGAGAAAUCAAAGCCAAAAACAGCUGUCAGAAAUGCUGAGAUGAAUGUAGUUACCAAGAAUGUGCCACAGCAACCCUCAGCGUUGCAUAUUGCCGGUCAAUCUGUUCGCAGUUUAAAUGCCAAAGUUGAUGUUCCAAAGACAUCUGGGAAGUUCACUGAUCUUAAAUCAGUAGUGUGGGAAAAUGGUGCUUCCCCUACUUCCAAGGAUGUUUCAAAUCCAACAAAUUAUGCUAACAGUAAAUCGGCAAAUCAACAUGCUGUUGCUUCAGCAGCUGCUCCUACACCGGUGAGGAACCCCAAUAACCUAAAAUCUCCCACAGAGAGGAAGCCAUCUUCUUUGGAUUUGAAAUUAGGCUCUACUUUGGACAAGAAACAAUCCAUUUCUCAAGUGAAGAGCCGGAAUGAUUUCUUCAAUCUCAUUAAGAACAAAACAUCGACAAGCUCAUCUACCAUUCUUCCAGAUUCUGGCCAGAUGGUUUCAUCUCCCUCAUUGGAAAAAUCUGGUGACGUAAACAGGGAGUCAGUCAUGCCUUCUGCAAGUCCUCAAUCUGUUGGAAAUGAGGCUGAACUGACUAGGAAUGGCAAUGCUCAUGCCCAUGAAGAGCUUAGCAGGAUUUCAGAUGAUGAAGAGAAAAAUUCUAUUUCCAGAGCUAUGAUAUAUCCAGAUGAAGAAGAAGCUGCAUUUCUUCGUUCUCUUGGCUGGGAGGAAAAUUCAGAUGAGGACGAAGGCCUUACUGAAGAGGAGAUCAAUGCUUUCUAUCAGGAGUGCAAGAAAUUAGACCCCUCCACUCUCAAGCUAUGCCAGGGUAUACAGCCGAAACUGUCCAAGUUGUUUGAUUCUUAUGCAUCUAACUAAUGUGGAGCAUCUGCAGAAUUUAGCUCUUCUGAUCCCAGAUCUGAAGCUUGAAGUAUUGUUUUUGAAAUCAUAGUUAGAUCCAAGUUUCAAUUUUUGAUGGCAGAGGGCUAGUUCCACUCCUUUUCUUCCGAACGAAGGGCGAUUAAGGUUUAAAGAUGUGGGUGGGUUUUGAAUGGAAUCCUGCAUUUGCAAAUAUUGCAAUAAAUUACAGGUGCCUCAAUCCUGCUUGCUUAACAUGGGGAAUUCUUUUAUUUGCCUUUUUUCUUGGUUAAAAGAUAUAGGGUUGAUAGAAUAGGGGCUAUUUUCUCUGCCAUAGUAGGGUGCUGGGUUAUUGCAUCUUUUGAGGUAUUUUGAUCAGUUUAUUUACUUUCAUUCUACUUGAUAAAGUUUAUGUUUUUGGCCAAUUUUACCAACAAAAGGGAAAUUAAAAGUUCACUUUUAAUUUGAGCAUGUUGAUAUGAUUGAUUAUUCAUCGUUGAAA